GCCGUGGAUAACAUUCGCAGUGUCUGUGGUGUAACUGGUCGCAUGCCUCGGGGGAUAAGGAAGGUCCAGGCCGGGGGAGUGGGCUUUGAGGACGGAAGUAAAACCUGUUCCUGAAGUGAUUCCUGCUGUUCUGUACAUAGUUAGGAACACGUUAUAGAACGGGAGCAGGAAAUUUAUAUUACGGAAAAAGGAAAAUAGCAGAGAAUAUUAGAAAAUGUUUUUGCAUGUUUUCAUGAAAGAAGAUGCACAAUGUUAAUAAAUACAACUCAAAUAUCUUGUGGAUAGUUCCGUGGGUUGACGGUGAUUCCUGUCCGGUUUUGUGGGCUUUGAGAUGACUGAUGAGCUCCCCACCAGUCAGCAGGAGAUAGCUGACAUCUAGUGGGUAGUUAUCUUUGCCUGUGAUGAAACAUUUUCGUCGACAGUUUUCGUCACUGUCCCCCACUCCUCGUUCUUUCCUCCAGUUCACCUUCAGCAUCAUAGCAGGGACACUUGCCUUCGUCUGGUUGCUUUCUGGUGAUGUGAAAGAGACCGAGGCAUUAAUGGCUCACUAUGAGAGUGCAGAGGACCCUGUACCACCCAUUCGGUGGGGCCUGGACCCAGUACAUGGAGCAUUUGCCAAACUCUAUAUCCGGGACAUCCUUGAACUCAAGAGCUCUCGGCAUAUUCCAGGUGUGUUUUUCUAUAAGACCCAUCCCAUCAGCAAGGUGGACAUCCUGGGGACUGUGGUCCAGAGGCAGGAGAAGGAGAAGCGGUGCAUUUUUGGAGUGGAUGACGGGACUGGAGUCAUAAGUUGUUUGUGGUGGAAGAAGCAAACACCCGUGGAAAUCACCAAACCAGCUUUGCCCUCCAGGGGCCUGAACCUCCUUGACCAGCUGAGCCGCAUCACCAGACUGGAACACGACAACUCCCGCUUGGACCUGGGUGAUGUUGUCCAGGUCCGGGGACGCAUCAGGGAUUAUAGAGAACGACGGGAAAUCAGUAGCACCAGCAUCACCAAGCUGGUCGACCCUGUCUUCACCAUACAGAUCUCCCGCAUGCUGGAGCUGCCUCACCUUUACCGCAGCUUCUACGACAAACCGUGUCAAGUUCCAAAGGACAGCAUGGAAGCGAAUGAAGACGGAACGUGCAUCCUUUCCCUGCAAAGCCAGAUCAAACAGUUUCUGGCUCAGAGCCAAGUGAAGAACUUCUACCAGCGUGAGCUGGAGGCCAUCGACUGGUUAUCCUGCAUUGCUCAGCGCAGUCAGGAAGCAUCAUGUGGACGAGGCUCGGGUCAAAGCUCGGCUGAGAGCUCAGUGCAGGAGAAAGAGGAGCCUGCGAGCUUGCUAUGUGUAUCGAGGCAGAUUCACACGGCUUUUCAAGAGGCCGUCUCUGCACUGCAGGAGGAGGGAGUCAUUUUCCAGAAGGUGGAGGGCCCUAACAAGUUGUACCUGGUCACUGACCAGGAGAAGCAGCUACAUGAUGUGACACUAGGGAUCAUUCGCGAUGAUGCCACAAGACCAAAAUACAUCAAUAAGGGCUGCCCGUUCCUCCACAUUCUGAGCUGCGUGCAGAACUGCUACAGUGCAGGGGUUACCGAGGCAGCAGUGCACAGGGUGCUGAACAGUUUGGAGUGUGCCAGCAAGAUCGUCAGUACCAUGGAGGGGCACUAUACCCCCUCCUGUGCAUGAGACUUCUGUCGUUGUGUGCCACAUUACUGGACACCGGUGAACGGCCCCUGGGAGCGUAAGGUGUGUGUCGUGACCCCUGCGUGACCGGGGGUGGGUAGAGGUAUGUGAGAGCACGUCUCAUUCAGGAGUUACGUCGACGUGGACAACAGAGUGACUGCAUUAAUCACCACAGGUUCUCAGAAAGUAGAGUGGAGAUUUGACUAUGAAUUUAUCCAAUAAACAAUUGCAC